GAGGGGAUGCAGGCCGCGAAACGGACACACGUGCGAACGCAGGUCACAUACAGAAUGAACAGUUGCGAGCAUGUAUUCAACAAAACACACAGAGAAGCGCAAUGAGGGAUUCCACUAUGAUACGCAAGGACGGCGGUGACAUGGAGUCGGGCACAUUGACAGAGCCGCCAACGCGCGGGGUCAACGAUGGGGCAACAAUCGUUGCAUCUUUUGGGUCUCUUGUCGCGACAGUGGCGGCGAGGCAAGGCGUAUCUGAAAUGAUGGAGACCGAUGCGGGCCAGGAUGUUGAAAGCCAGACCGUGAAGGUGGCGCCAGAGCAGGUGGCGGCAACAACAGAGGAAAUGAAGAAAGGUCGGCGUAGCAGAGCAGCAACGGGGGAGAGUGAACGUGGGCGGAAGGCUGCGACGGGUGCACACGGGGCAAGGAAGUCGGAGAUGGCGGGCAAAGCGUCUGUGGAACAAGAAUCCUGGUGGAAGGACCCCACCACUCAAGAGUACUUCAGAGUAACCAGGCCGGGAUCCAUGCAGAUGGUGGAGGUCUCCUCUUGGAGUCUGAGCGAAGGGUCACUGCGACGGUCCGACCCACCUACUCGGACACUCGACUUGGAGCAUUGCUGCGAGGUGACGUGGACGGGCAGUAGCGAGCAUCCCACGUGGACCGAGAAUCCGGAGCUGUUGAUCAUACAGGGUUGGAGGACUAACGCGGAAGGAGAUCUUAUUGGAUUCCUCUUUGGAUCGGUACAACCGGGUCACCGUCAGUUGAUUGCACAGGAGCUCAUCGCACCGAUCGUGCAAUUCGCGGACGAUCUCUCGCCCGACAUCUACUUUCAAAGUGACAACAGUCCUGCUCCGUACAUUUUUGAGCGAUCAUUGGAUUCGUACCUUCAGUGGACUUUGUGCUUGGAGGAACCUAGGGACGAGGAUACGCUACCAUCGCGGCAGGAGUAUCUGAAGCCGUACAAGAUCAUCCCUUACGCCUUCUACCUGAGGGCAGAAGAAGUGGUGAUCAACGACGACGACGACAAAGAAGAAGAUGGCGACCCUGCAGCCGCCACCUCAAUAACGUUUACGGCGAUGGCGUCGGAGGGGAUGGACAUGCGUCAUGCGGUAUCGAAGGCGGAGAGGACUGCGGUGGCAGUGGCCGUGAGCGCCGUCCUCUCCCGGUGCCAGUUGGAGAGGGGCGAGGGGAGGAUGAGAGCGGCCAUUCACGCGCGGCGUAAACGGACGCUGCAGUCGCCGUCUGUGGGGGGCGACGACAGCGCUACCAUUUGCGACGUCGUGCUGCAGGUGUGCUACGCCAUGGGGUGUGGAGCGUUCCCCAGAGCGACGCCCAGAUGGUGGAUGAAGCGACGUACAGGCGGCACGUGGGAGGAUCUCCGGCUGUGCGACGACGCGACGGCGGACUACUUCAGGGAGAAGCUACGAAUGUCGCCACGUGUAUUCCGAGAGAUAACGGAAGCUCUGUCUCCCUGCCUCGAGCGACGUGUCACUUUCUACAAGGAGCCCCUCCAGCCAGACCAGAUUGUCGCCUACGCUUUGUACAGGUGGGCGUCGGGGGAGACAUACGAGAGCGGGACAUGCAGCUUUGGCAUUGGCAGAUCUUCCGGGUUGGUGGCGGUGCGGGAUGUGACUGCGGCGUUGCUCAGUGCGUUCCCUGACAAGAUCUCGUGGCCGACGGGUCUGCAGAAGGCGGUCGUCUUGCGCGCUUUCGCUGACAAGGGUUUCCCCAACUGCCAUGGGUGCAUCGACUGCACCCACAUCUUCAUCGACAAGCCUGCGAAUUGCCCCGGGGAGGACUACUACAAUAGGAAACGGCGUCUCUCUGUGCAGGCACAGGUCAUCGUGGAUUUGAACUUGUGCGUGCUCGAUGUGUUCGUCGGUUACUCGGGAAGUUGCCACGACGUUAGGAUCGUCCAUCUGUCCAGUUUAUGGGCACGCGCGGAGGAGGGAGAGCUUUUUACCGGCCCACCUGUCAUGCUGCCUUUCGGUGUGCGGACGGACGGAUAUCUGCUGGGGGACAACGGGUACCCGCCCUCCGAAUGGGUUGUCGUCCCUUACAGCGGUGUAUCCCAAAACCCUGUGGAGAUGCGCUUCGAUAACAAGCAGAAGACGGCGAGGGGCGCAGUGGAGAGGGUUUUUGGCAGACUGAAGGGGAUGUGGAGGUUGUUCCUUCGAUCCCACAAGACGAACAUGAAGAUGUUGCCGCAGCAGUUCGUCGUCAUCUGCAUUCUCCACAACAUACUCAUCGACGCGAGCAUCCCGUUCGACGAGAAUCUGCUCUGGGAGGUCAGGCCGGAUGGUGUUCGUCGCAGGGUGGAUCUUGGGAUGGAUCCUCCCGUGAGGCAGAUGUGCAUGGAGUCCUCCACAGGAGAUGCCCUCAUUCUACGCGACGCACUGGCUGAGCGAAUGGCGGCACAGUGAAGAUGGCGAGGCCAGCGGAGGGAUCGGCCUUGAUGGCGUGGCUGAGGCGAUUAAAAUCGGCCGU